CGUCCGCUCCUCUGUGGACCCCCCGGAGACAGCCCGACGCGUCCAUCCACAUACUGGACGUCCGGCCCUCUGAUGCGGGGACCUACACCUGCUGGAGGCAGGAGAGCUCCGGACACCGACAGGGCCUGCUGGCCCUCAGUCUGUGCGUGCUCACAGGUAGUAAAUAAAGUUUCGUAUUUCAGGGGUUACUAAACACUGCUCAACACCGCCUGCUUUGUCCUCCACCCAGUGAAUCUCUCAGGGCCUUUGUGAGGAGGCCGGAUGCCUGCAGUUCCUGACUCAUUCCCUGUGACAGCGGAGACGGCUAACAAACAGGCCGACUGUUCGAAAGUGCCUUACGAUGCGGUGACAGAGCAUCGCUCAUCUCCAGUGUGUUCACAGCUCUUUCCGCGCCAACGGCGACAGUUUAAGCCGCCGGGCCGGUCGGCCCCAGCCCUGGCUCCCCGCUGAACUGCUCUCUCCGGUGCGACUCGGACUGGGAGCUCGUCGGCCCGCCCCACGAGUCCAGCGCGUCCCCGGGAGCUGGCCCGGUCGUCGUGGAGACCGGCAACGUGACCUUCCAGGUGCACGAGUCUCCCGAGAAGCGGGAGCGGACGGUGCAGUGCCGCGCGCGGGAGCCGGGAGAAGCCUGGGCGGAAAAUUCCACCACGCAUCGAUACGCAGAAAAUAACCAAGAAGACAAUUACGUAAACCCCCAGACGCUGCUAUUGUGUGUGUCACUGGCAUCGGCCUUUGUCGCGUUGGCAAUUUUCCUCGGUGUUGUGUUUCUGUGCAGACAACGAAUACGUGCAGCGUAUCGCUUUGCGGAUGAACCGCGCGGUGAUGUGCUUUUCUCUACCCGUACCAGAGACACGAAGCCAGAGACGGAUGAAGUGGAGGUGGUUUAUUCUCUCCUGGAAUUUAGACAGCCCGAAAAAGAACAGGUCCUCGUGGGAGAAGAGGGAUGUGUUUACAGUACGAUCCACUUCGCGGGUCAAGUGGGGAGUUCAUAAUAAUUUAUAUCGAAAACCCUUAAAUAUAAAUAUUUUUUAAGUUAUGAAUUGUAUAUUGUUUCUUCUUUUGUUUAAGUUUGUUCAGGUGCUCUUGUGGAUUUCGUGGAUCAAAGGGGAAAAAAAACAAUGGCCCUGGCAUUUUAUAAUGUAUAUAUAUUUUUGUAUAAUUUAGGUCCAUGUAUUUUAUAUUUCGCUGUCCCUUGUUCACUUGUUGAAUAAACUAUACGAGCUACUGAAUGAGUGGUAUAUUUCGUCCUCCUGCGCACACGCAUGCGCAGAUGAGCAGCGGCGAAUUUAACCGACGGCGUAUGAAAUUGCAGGACUCGGGGAAGCUGAUGAAAUGAAUUAGUUUCCUUCCUUCUCCCCGUGUUUCGUUUUUAUGUUUCAAGCGUUUACAUGCGAAAGAGACUCAGUCUCCGGUCGACCAUCCAGCACGUAUCUGCGUUUAGAAAUAACGAGAGUAUCCUCGAUUUAACUUGACGGUUGCGCCGAGUGCGGAUCCUCGGUCUAUAGUUUUUCAGUGGCCGGCAGAGAAGGUACUAAAAGCGGCCGCCUCAGGCUUCAGCUGCCGGGAAAAACGAGAGAAGCGGAGGGCUCCCUUCAGUGUGAAAGUUCGGGUGCGUUAAGAUGGAGGCUCCGCCCGUCACAGUAAUGCCCGUUACCGGCGGGACCAUCAACAUGAUGGAGUAUCUCCUGCAAGGCAGCGUUCUGGACCAGGCGUUGGACAGCCUGCACCACCGGCUCCGCGGGCUGUGCGACAACAUGGAGCCCGAGAGCUUCGCGGACCACGAGACGGUGUACCUGCUCCGCGGCCAGCAGGGCAACCCCUUCCUGCUGCGCGCCCGGCGCUCCCUCACCCACCUGCCGGCGCCCUGCCACCUGCGCUACCUGGGCCAGCCCGAGGCGGGCGACAAGAGCCGGCACGCGCUGGUGCGCAACUGCGUGGACGUGUCCACGUCGCACAGCCUGCCCGAGUUCCUGGGCGAGAUGGGCUUCCGCGUGGACCACGAGUUCGUGGCGCGCGGCCGCGUCUUCCGCCGCGGCGCGCUGAAGGUGGUGGUGAGCAAGCUGUUCCGCGUGCUGGUGCCCGGCAACGUGGAGAGCACCGAGCCGCUGUCCCUGUCCAACCUGGUGGAGCUGAGCGUGCUGGCCCCCGCCGGCCAGGACAACGUCAGCGACGACAUGCGCGCCUUCGCCGAGCAGCUCAGGCCCCUCGUGCACCUGGAGAAGAUCGACCCCAAGAGGCACAUGUGAGGGGCUCGGACCUCUCACGCACCUGUGAGGGGCUCCGACCUCUCACACACCUGUGAGGAGCUCAGACCCCUCAUGCACCUGUGAGGACCUCAGACCCCUCACGCACCUGUGCUGUGUUCAAAACUGCAUACUUAGCAUACUGUUAAUACCUAUAGCGUAGUGGUUAAGGUAAAUGACUGGGACACUCAAGGUCGGUGGUUCUAAUCCCGGUGUAGCCACAAUAAGAGCCGCACAGCCCUUAACCCUGCAUUGCUCCAGGGGAGGACUGUCUCCUGUUUAAUCUAAUCGACUGUACGUCGCUCUGGAUAAGAGCGUCUGCCAAAUGCCAAUAAUGUAAUGUAAUGUAAUUUAGUAUGAGUAGUAUGCUAGUAUGAGUAGUAUGCUAGUAUGAGUAGUAUGCUAGUAUGCGGUUUCUUACACAGCCCUGGAGAAGAGACACGGGGGGGGUCAAGGGUCAAAGGUAGGCUGGCCACCACUGGCCAUGCAGGCUGAACUGAACACAGGUGGCUGUCGGAGAGGAAGAGGACUGGGAUUUAAUGCAGGAGGAAGAGGAGGACAGUCAGUGUCUAAACCUCUCAGCUGCAUGGGCCCACCUGGCCUGCUGUCCAACCUCACCCCCGUCUCACGCCUCCUUUCGUGUUAUCGGAUAUUUCGGUUGGUAAUGCGCUUGUUUGAAAACUACAGGAUCUGCUGCAGCAAUUUAAAGAGUUGAAAUGUUUGAAAAAUGUAGCCUGUUUGUCCUAAAUAUUGUGUGUAUAAAAUUGGUUUCGUA